GUCCGUGAGCUACGACGGGCUGUUUUUGGCCACCACGUCUCCGGACAAGUCGCUGAAGGUCUACGAUGUAAAGUGCUUUGACAUGAUGUGCAUUUUGAAGCUUGACUUCUGCCCCAGCGCGUCGGUCUGGAUCUACCAGGGCGAUCUCUCCAGGCCCCUGCUCGCGUGCGCCUCCAACGACGAUUCCCUCAUUCGAAUUUACAACGUACAGUCGAUUACCAAGGAUCCUUCGACGGGCGCUGUCAUGCCGAUAAGCGUGUACACUCUUCACAAGCACCCGGUGCACUUGAUGAAGUACAACCGGGCUUUCAGGUGCGUGGUUUCGAUAGACAGAAGGGGCAUGGUCGAGUACUGGAACCCGGAGACUCUGAAGCCUCCUCUCAACGUCGACUGGAGGUACAAGUCCGACACGGAUUACAUUCAGUAUUUUACGAAGACCAGGUCGCCGCCGAUGAGCAUGUCUCUGUCGGAAGAUGGGUCGCUGUUGGCGACGAUGGGUGAAGAGUACCAUAUUCGAAUUUUUUGGUUUUCUACUGGAAAGCUUUAUAAGGAGUACGACGAGUCGUUGAACAAGCUCACGGUCAUUCAGAAGGAUCCUGCUUCCCCAUUUAAGUUGGAGGACAUGGAUUUUGGGAGGCGGAUGGCGAUCGAAAGGCAGUUAGAAAAACGCGGGUAUGGACCUAAAUCAAACGUUAUUUUUGAUUGUACCGGAAAUUUUAUAAUGUACCCCACGCUGUUGGGCAUCAAACUGGUCAACAUUCAUACGGACGAACUGAAAUGCAUCAUUGGGUGCAACGAGCCUAACGACCGGUUUUUGGAACUGGCGCUGUAUCAAGGUAGGACGACUGGAUCUGCAUUUUUAGAAACGCUGCAGGCAGACGCUCAAGAGGACCCCACGCUUUUCGCGUGCAGUCACAAGAAGAACCGAUUUUACCUAUUUACGAGGAGAACUCACGAAGAGGGUGACGAUUUUCAGUCGAGGGACGUGUUGAACGAAAAACCGACCGUCGAGGAAAUUCGAGCCGUGAUUCCUACUCCUCAAAAGCAAGGCCGACGCGCGCGAUCGGCUAUCAUUCACACGACGUUCGGCGACAUCUACGUUCACCUUUACCCGGAGGAGGCGCCGAAGGCGGUCGAGAACUUUACCAUGCACAGCAAGCAAGGGUACUACAAUGGCCUGAUCUUCCACCGCGUGGUCAGGAACUUCAUCAUACAGACGGGAGACCCGUUGGGAGACGGAACUGGGGGUUCGAGCAUUUGGGACCGCGACUUCGAAGACGAAUUUUCACCGAAACUGAAGCACGAUCAGCCCGGAAUUGUGAGCAUGGCCAACGCCGGACCGAACACCAACGGGUCCCAGUUUUUCAUCACCACCGCUCCGGCGGUUCACCUGGACAUGAAGCACACCAUUUUCGGCAAGGUGAGCAAGGGAUUGGACGUAGUGAGACUGAUUGAACAAGUCCGAGUUGACAAGGCGGACAAGCCCACGGAGGAUAUAAGGAUAAUUAACAUCGAAGUUCGGCUAGACUGAGCGCCCCCUGGUCCGCACGCUAGAGAGGGAGGCCGGCGGACGCCUAGACAGACCAAGAGAGG